CGCCAGCAGCAGCAGCGGCACGGCAGGCACGCGCCGCACGGCACGCCGCGGGAGUGGCGCACCUGUACACGGCGCAUGCGGCCGACGCGCUACUGCGCGUUGCUGUUGCCUUUGAGCUCGUCGACUGCGGCGAGGACUGCAGCAUUGCGCAAGAGGGGGGGGGGCACGAAAAAAAGUGAGUAUGAUAAUGUCCCAAUGCGGCAAACAGAAGACAACAAUGGAGAGUCGCCGUCACCGCGCGCGAAGUCAGGGGAAUAUUGGUGCGAGAGCUGGAGGUCCUGCUUUCGCUUUGCGCAGUUCGCCUGCUCGUCCUCCCCCUUUUCCCUGUGCCCACGUUAG